AUGGAGAAAACACGAAUCGCUAAGGUUGUCGGCACCCUCCACCUCACCCCUCACCAUAUCAUCUUCUCCCACAUCCCUCCGCUACCGGAUAAUGCGCGUGCUCAGGGCACCCCUAUCCGUCCAAAGGAGCUUUGGAUUACGUAUCCUAUCAUCUCCUUCUGUACUUUCCGACCAGCCCCCGCCGUCUCUCGCCAACCGUCGGCCAUUCGCUUACGAUGCCGCGAUUUUACAUUUGUCUGCUUCUAUUUCGCGACGGAGAGCAAAGCGCGGGACGUUUUCGAUAGUAUAAAGACAUGGACCUGCAAGAUAGGACGCAUUGAUAAACUCUACGCAUUUACAUAUCAGCCACCGCCGCCGGAGCGAGAAUUCAACGGAUGGGAGUUGUACGACCCUCGCAAAGAAUGGGAGCGACAGGGUGUGGACAGCGAUGGACACGGAUGGCGGAUUUCCCAAAUAAAUGCGGACUAUGGGUUCUCUCCAACCUACCCCGCUCUAUUCCCGGUGCCUGCUGCGAUUUCCGACAACACCCUCAAUUAUGCGGGACGAUAUCGAUCCAGAGCUAGAAUUCCCGUGCUGACAUAUCUUCACCCUGUCAACAAUUGUUCCAUCACACGAAGCUCGCAGCCCCUGGUGGGCGUGCGCCAGAACAGGAGUAUUCAAGACGAGAAGCUAUUGGCCGCCAUCUUUUCAACUUCCCGAACAGAGAGGCCGCUCGCAGCCUUUACCCCUCCGCGCCUCGAAAAUGAGUCCUCGGGGUCGACGCAAAGUGACCUGUCCGGUAGUCAGUCAAUACCGGAGCUUACGAGCGCGGAGGAGUUGGAAGAUGAGAUGCUAGCGUCAUUCCCUGGGGAUCCGGAAGAAAAACCGCAGAUAUACGGUGCACAACAACACAAUUUGAUCGUCGAUGCACGGCCUACAGUCAACGCGUUCGCCAUGCAGGCCGUGGGGCUUGGCUCGGAGAAUAUGGACAAUUAUAAAUUCGCUACCAAGGCGUAUCUGGGGAUCGACAACAUCCAUGUCAUGAGGGAUUCCCUCAAUAAGGUGAUUGAUGCCUUAAAAGAUUCUGAUGUCACCCCGUUGGGGCCGAGUCGGGACCAGCUUGCGCGGAGCGGGUGGCUGAAACACAUUUCCGGGAUCCUCGAUGGCGCCGGCUUGAUUGCGCGCCAAGUUGGUCUUCAACAUUCUCAUGUGUUGAUUCAUUGCUCUGAUGGAUGGGACCGCACUAGUCAACUGAGUGCCCUGAGCCAGGUGUGCCUUGACCCUUAUUAUAGAACUUUGGAAGGGUUUAUGGUCCUAGUGGAGAAGGACUGGCUUUCCUUCGGACAUAUGUUUCGGCAUAGAUCUGGCCACCUGAACAGUGAGAAGUGGUUUCAGAUUGAGAACGAGCGCAUUGGCGGCGACUCCAAUCGUGCGUUUGGAGAGGCUGGUGGAGCAGGCAAGGCGCUGGAAAACGCCUUCUUAAGCGCCAAGGGGUUCUUCAAUCGCGACAACACAAGCCGAGACUCUCUUCCUGAGUCGGAUGGGGAGAUGCAAAACUACGAUUCCGAUAAUGGGGGAAUACGGAAACCACCUAGCUCUGCCCCGAAAUCAGUCGUCUCGGAGAAAGAAGUGACGAAAGUCAAAGAGACGAGCCCUGUCUUCCACCAGUUCUUGGAUGCCACGUACCAGUUAUUGUACCAACACCCAACCCGGUUCGAAUUCAACGAGCGGUUCCUGCGAAGGCUACUCUACCAUCUCUAUUCAUGCCAAUUCGGAACUUUUCUCUUUAACAGCGAGAAGGAGCGCGUGGAGUGCAAGGCGAAAGAGCGGACUCGAAGUGUCUGGGAUUACUUCCUCGCUCGUCGAGAACAGUUCCUCAACCCACAAUACGACCCACAGAUUGACGAUCAUAAGCGCGGGAAAGAGCGGUUGAUAUUCCCGCAGGUCAAUAAAGUCCGAUGGUGGAGUGAGGCGUUUGGUCGUACUGAUGCCGAGAUGAAUGGCGUUCGUGCCUCAAGUGCUACUCCGCCUGCUGGCCGGGAUGCGUCUACCCCCGAGCGUGCACCAGUGUUGACCGGUAUAGAGACCGCCCAUCAUUCUAUCGGAAGCGGGAUAUCGGGUAAGGAGGACCCAGAUAGCAUGUCGAGCCGGAUGGAGACUAUGACAUCGGAGAUCUCGAAUCUGUCUCUGCCUACAACGGGAGAGAUCCAGCAGGACGGGAAACGUAUCAGUCCGAUGGAAGUUGAGAUGCAAUGA